AUGAGCGCAUAUGGACAUGUGGCUGGCUUACCGAUUGAAUGUUUAAGCAUCGCCGUAGAGCUUCAUAAAGAGCAACUUGUAGAUGAAAAUGGACAACAGGUCCUUCGUGUAGGUUUCAAAAUUGGUGGUGGUAUCGACCAGGACCCAAGCCGAGCACAUUAUCCAUAUCCAGACAGCGGAAUUUAUAUCACGCAAAUUGAAUCUGAUUCACCAGCAGAACGUGCUGGACUUCGGCAACACGACAAAAUACUUAGGGUAAACGGUAACGACUUCACCAUGGUAACUCACGAAAAGGCUGUGAAAUAUAUCAAGAAAUAUCCAGUGCUUCAUAUGCUUGUUGCUAGAAAAGAUGUUUCUGGUUGA